CCGCCCGUGGGGGGGGGGGGGCGGCGCAUGCGCGGAGCCGUCGAAGGUGCCAGAAGGAUCCGGGCGGCGGAGGCGGUGUCCCCAGCCGACUGUCGCCCCUGUCCAGCUGCCACCGCCCCGUGUCCCCUCAGUCCCCUCACCGUGGAGUCCCUGCGCGCUCUGUCCCAGCUGCACUCCCCGCAGGGCGCGGGAGGAGGCACCGAAGGCCACCACGGCCACCCGCAGGGCCACCCCGGGGCGGUCCCGGGCCGCAUGUGGCGGCGCUGGGCGGGCUGGGAGGAGGAGGAGUGCCUGGAGUUCUACGGCAUGCUGUCCCUGCACCGCCUCUUCGAGGUGCUGGCCGCCCAGCUGACCCCCAGCGACGUGGCCGUGCUGUCCUUCCUGCUGGACGAGGCGCUGGGCGACGCCGACCGCGACAAGGGUGACAAGGACGGGGACACUGCGGUGACCCCCCGGCGGCCCCGGGGGCGCGGGGACCCCCGGGACGGGCUGGAGCUGCUGCUGGAGCUGGAGCGGCGCGGGCUGUGCCACGAGGGCGACCUGGGCCAGCUGCGGCAGCUGCUGCGGCUGCUGGCGCGCCACGACCUGCUCAGGUGUGUCACGCUCAAGAGGCCGCGGCCAGUGUCCCCUGAGCGCGUCCCCUGCGUCCCCGCCGUGGGGGGCACCUGCCCGAGCCCCCCCCAGCCCCGCCCCGAGCGCUGGGAGACAGGCUCCAGCUCCGGCUCCAGCUCCGGGAAGCGGAAGCGCAGCGCCCGAAAUUCCCGAAAUUCCCGAAAUUCCCGACGGACACGGCGACCCCGAGACCCCCCCCAGGACCCCCCCCAGGACCCCCCCCAGGACCCCCCCGAGCCCCCGGCCAAGGUCACCUGCGACAUCCGGCUCCGUGUCCGUGCCGAGUACUGCGAGCACGAUCGCGCGCUGCGCCGCGGCGUGGCCUCCAGCCGGCCGCGGGGCCCCGGGCGGGCGCUGGACGUGUUCGGCCAGGCCAGCGGCGUGCUGAAGGCGCGGGACCUCGGCUCCAUCCUGUGCGACAUCAAGUUCUCGGAGCUGUCCUACCUGGAGGCGUUCUGGGGCGAUUACCUGAGCGGGGCGCUGCUCGAGGCGCUCAAGGGCGUCUUCCUGACCGAGGGGCUGCGGCGCGCCGUGGGCCGCGAGGACGUGCGGCUGCUCGUCAGCGUCGACCAGGACGACUACGAGGCGGGACGGAGGCUGCUGCUGCAGGCACAGGGGGGUGUGGGGGGCGCAGGGGGCGUGGGGGGCACGGGGGGCACGGGGGGCAUGGGGGGUGUGGGGGGCACGGGGAGAGGCGGCCGGGGCUGA